UCAAUGUUAGUCUUUCUAAACACGAAACUGCUACAUUUAUCUGAUAGUACUCAAAGCAUACGGAAUAAAGGUUUAUACGUUCCGAAAACUAAAACCGAAACUAUAACAUUAUAAACGGAUGUCGUGUUUACAUUAUCACUAGGAAGUAAAUUACAACCACAUUCCAUGAAUUGGAAUAUCGUACACACUAUGUAUACAUAACAAAAAUUCAACAUGGAAUAUAAACUUGCAAUAACUGAUUUUUUUAACGCUAUUGAAAAUGACGAUGAGAGGGAAGCAAAACAAUUGUGUGAAGCUGUGCAGCAUGAAUUAGAGGUUUUGAACACAAUGUCAGGUCUGAAUGCAUCGGCUAGAGUGUUCAUAAAAGGUAUUGCCGAACUUAAGGGAAACGUAUCGAGUGGAAAAAUGAAUUUAGCAAGAAGAAAAUGGAGAACAUUAAAAGCCGGAUUCAAUGGAUUCCUGAAAACUGCAUUACAGAACGCAGAACGCAGACGUUCUGAACAGACUUUUGAAGUACUAUCAGGAGGCGAAAGAAAGAAACCAGCCAUACAGGGAGAUGAAGUGUCUGGGAAAUCACCACCACUCUCUACAGCCCAACAGAAAAGUACAAGAAACACGUUUGAUAACGGUGCCAAGAUAACACCUGCAGAGACUCCAGAAGUACUAUCAGUAGGUGGGAGAAAGAAAGCAGCCGCACAGAUAGAUGAAGUGCAUGGCAAACGUGUAAGUCAAGCGAGGAGACAGGAUGAUGUAGCAGACUUAAGUGACGUCAACAGACCAACAAAAAUCGCAGAAAGAUUCUCUGAACUAUUCGAUAAUGAAUGGGUAGAUGUUUUUGAAAGUUUAAGCAAAAAUAAGGGUGAUGAACAACUUAAAGAGUCGGAAAUUAUUAGCAUUUUGCUGGAAAUAGUGGAACAAGCGUAUCAUUUUUGCUAUGUUGAAGCAGAAGAUCAAAUAACGAAUAUUGAAGUAGCUGUGGCUGGCAUACUGAAAGGAGAUGCGAGACCCGUAUUGCAGUCUGCUAGAAGUAAUCAAAAUCAAAGACGAAGGCAUCUACUUCUUCAGUAUAGGAAGGAAAUGGCAGCAGACGCAACAGAGAGACUCUCUAAGGAGUUCUUUCAAAGGUACAUAUUCAGGAUAUUUGAGAACAAUUCGUUAGCAAUACCAAGUAACGGAGGACCAACAGCAACGUAUUCCAGGAAAGCCGUUGAACUCACCUGGUUGAUGUGUGUGGAAGACCCGCCGAUAUUCAUGUGCCCGACAAGAGGCAAAUUCAAUCCCAGUCUCUACAGACCCUACACAAAAACAGGAACCGAGGCAGACAUUUUUGUCUGGCCAGCAUUAAAGCUUAACAAAGAUGGAGCCGUUCUCUUGAAGGGUGUUGUUCAGUACAAAUAGCAUAUCUACUUCACAUGACUGAUCCGUCCAUUAUUUUAUUAACUCAGUAGUAAUGAGACUCUACCAAAAUGCAGCAGUUAUUUGGAAUAUGGGUGAGGUGUCUCACAAUGAGUGAGAAAUAUGUUCUAACAAAAGCAACAGAAACUUAUCUGAUAUCUGAUUGAGAUACUACAAUAAAUUUUCUUUUCUUAAAUACAGCUUUCUAAAAUACGGAAUAAAUCAUUUUUAA